AUGGCUAGGGAUAAAAUUAAGAACAGCUCUUUCUUCUCCUUCUGCUUCAUCAGAAAACUUAAACUAGCAAACCCUAACUAUGAUCAGUCUCCAUCCUCAGAGGCAUUAUUGCCUCCGAACGGUGACCAUCUCCACCGAUCUGAUUCGAGCACAGUAGUCCAAUCAAAGCCCGGAUGGAAGGCCGUGAUUUACAUCUUAGGAAAUGAAUCAAUUGAGAAGAUGGCAUCAUAUGGGCUGACAAUAAACUUCAUGGUGUAUUUGGUGAGGGAGUAUCACAUGGAGCAGGUUCCUGCUGCCAACAUGAUUAACAAUUGGGCAUCUUCCUGCUUUUUAUUGACAGUCAUUGGUGGCUCCAUCGCUGAUAUCUACCUUGGCAAAUUUCUCACCAUUGCUUUGGCUUCCUUUGCAACACUUCUGGGGAUGCUAACAGUAACCCUGACAGCCUUUGUGCCACAACUGAGGCCUCCACCUUGCACUCUUAAUGGACAACAACAGCAAUGUGUCUCCAGCACAAAAACCCAGCUGGGUCUUUUGAUUGUUGGGUUAUGCGGGCUGGGUUUAGGAACUGGAGGAAUUAGGCCCUGCAGCAUUCCCUUUGGGGUUGAUCAAUUUGAUUCCGCCACCGUCGAAGGAAGAAAAUCAGUCACUAGAUUUUUGAAUUUGUAUUACGCUAUAUCUUGUAUGGUAAUUUUGAUCAACCAAUCCCUAGUGAUGUACAUUCAAGACUCUGUGAGUUGGGCAUUAGGAUUUGCAAUUCCUACCCUGCUCAUGUCAUGUGCAAUUCUCCUCUUUUUUGGGGGGUCCAAAAUUUACUUCUAUGUGAAGCCGGAAGGAAGCACAUUUUCCAGUUUUGCACAAGUUCUUGUAGCGGCAUACAAGAAGCGUCAUCUUAAGCUUCACAAUGAUGAUAGGGUUCAUGGUGUUUUCUCCGAUGAUGAUUCAUCAAAUGGAAAUGGACGUAGAGUAAUCAACAAGCUUCAUCUCUCAACAGAAUUUAGCUUCUUGAAGAAAGCUGCUUUAGUAGUGGACAAUGAACUAAAAGAUGAUGGGUCUUGUGCAACUCCAUCGAGGCUAUGUAGCAUUCAACAAGUUGAAGAGGUAAUACGUGUUAUGAAAAUCCUCCCAGUUUCUGUUUCUGGUGUCAUCAGCUUGCUGGCCCUUGCCCAAGAACCAACAUUUGUAGUAUCACAAGCCAUGAAAAUGGAUCGUCACAUUGGACCGAAUUUCGCAAUCCCUGCUGGAUCGGUCAAAAUGAUGUCAAUUAUGACGCUCUUUAUUUCCCUCACGUUGUAUGACCGUGUCUUACAACGAGCCCUAACAAAGUUCACUAAAUGUGAAGAUGGGAUCCCACCUCUUCGAAGAAUAGGAAUCGGGUAUUUCUUCUCUGCUAUGUGCAUGGUGGUGGCGGGACUAGUUGAGCAACAAAGGAGAGCUUUGGCCACAUCACAAGCUUCAUCGAACGGGGUUGUAGCCAUGUCAGUUUUUUGGCUAUUUCCACAGGAAAUGUUGCUUGGACUUUGUGAGAUGUUUGGCGUUGUUGGACUCCUUGAGUUUUACAACAAAGAAUUUCCUGAGACCAUGAAAAGUAUUGGGAAUUCUCUGCUCUAUCUUUGCUUGGCCGGGGCUAGUUGUUUGAGUAGUGUGACGGUGAGCAUUGUGCAUGGUGUUACAGGAAAGCAUGGCCGGCCCAACUGGUUGGACAAUGAUAUCAAUGCCGGCAGAUUGGACUAUUUUUACUUCCUGAUUGCUGGUCUGGGAGUGGUGAAUUUCUUCUAUUUUCUGUUUUGUGCUCGGGGAUAUGCAUACAAGGCUAGUGCAGAAACAGUAGAGAGUUUAGAUGAGAGCUUGGGGCAUCCUUUGGUUUAA